CCCCUCCCAUCUGCCACCCCCCUCUCCUCACAGAUGAGCAGUGAGCGGACCGAUCGGAGGAUGUUGUCCUCUCCACCUACCACCUCCUCCGCUGCCCCUCAUCUCCCUCCAACCAUGACCUCUGACCUCCGCCGUGUCAACAUGGAAACAUUCUGGAGAGAGGUGCGUAGCAUUGAUGAGGAGAUUGAUGAAGAGGGAGAAGAAGAGGAGGAUGAGGAGCAGAAGAGUAUAGACGAGGUGGAGCUGGAGGAGGCGUGGCUGAUGGAGGCGGGGCUAUCCUCCCUGGUCACCUCCUCUUUGUCGGAGGAGGUGCCAGCGCCCGCCGAGGUGCUGCUGUCCACGUUGACGCGACAACAAGCCGCCACGGUGAGGAGGAGGCUGGACAACUACAACCAGACGCUGAAGACCAGAAACCGGCAGCCAAUUAGAGACGUCCGAGACGUCUUCACCGAGCCCGACGAUGAACCAGCACAAAGAUGCUCCCCCCCCCCCUCUCCCCGCGCCGAGUCAUCAUCGAGUCGGUACCACACCUCCACCAAGACCAUCCGGCGAAAAACUCACAGAGUUCGAUCAACUCUUCCUCCGUUUGUUUUUGAAGAUCAACAACACGCGUCAACCCCAACACACACGCACACUGCGACACGCACACACCCGCUCUCUGUCAGCUGGUCGAGGCAAGCCGAUUGGCUGCUGCGAGACUCUCCGUACUCGGAGGGCGUGGCCGAGCACAGGAGCUGCGGGACGUGUCGGGACUGUCUCCGUUUCCAUGGAACCGAUGGUGGGGAUGUGCCGUUUGUACCUGUCGCACCCUCUCAGGGCCUCGUCUCGGCAGAGGACCUGUCACCAUGUGACCUCACCCGCCUUGGCUUCAUCUCCCACAUCGAGCUGUCCACCUUCCUGCUCGCUCUCGGGGUACAAACCAAACGGCCUCGCCCCCCACGACGAAAGACCCGGGAUAGCGGCGUCUUCGCUGUUCCUCUCAACUCGCUGUUGGAAAAAGACAAGAAGAAGUUUCCAGAAGUUAAAGUUCCUGUCGUCUUCCAGAAGUUGUUGUGUACUUUAGAGCAGACCGGUCUGCAGACUGAAGGGAUUCUCAGAGUUCCAGGAUCAGCUGCUCGACUGAAGUACCUGCGUGGAGAGUUAGACAGGUGCUGUGCAGAGUUCGACUGGUCUGCAGUGAGACAGGUGGAGGCUGCAGGUCUGCUGAAGCUUUUCAUCAGAGAGUUGCCGACGCCUCUGCUGACACACACACACCUGUCCACCUACCGCUCUGUGCUGGGUGUGUCCUCGGUGGUCCACCAGGUGCAGGCUCUUCAGCUGCUGUCGUUGUUGCUUCCUGAAGAGAACAGAGAAACCCUCAGAGCUCUGCUGGCCUUUCUACGCAAGGUGGUCUCUCAUCAGGACCAGAACAGGAUGUCUCUGUGGAACGUCUCCAUGGUAAUGGCACCAAACCUGUUCACCUACUCACGUGGCAACAAGCGCUCCAUCGCCAAGCAACGGGAGGAGAUGGAGGAGGCGGUGGGCGGAGCUCACCUGGUCCGGCUGAUGAUCAUACACCAGGACCUUUUGUGGACCGUCCCCAGCUUCCUGCUCUCUCAGGUGAGACAGAUGAACCAAGCAUCCAAUCAGAAACAGUUUGACUUAACUAAAGCAAAAAGACGACUGCUGAGGAGGAAGAACGACAGAAACCAGAUCACAGAGCUGUGUGCAGGUGUGAUCAGGGUUCAAGCCCCCCUGCACACCAAGGUUUCCAUGGCAAUACAGCUGGAUGAACAGAUGAGAGCCAAAGACAUCAUCACGCGCUUUGGGUGUGACCACAGCAGUUCUGUUCAGCAUCUGUAUGAAGUCGGAGGAAACAUCUGUGAGCGGCGGCUCCACCCUGACUGCCUCCUAUUGGACGUCUACAGAGUGAAUCCUCGCUGUGAUUGGCUGAUCAAACCCUGAAGAGCACUUUUAUUUCUAUCUUCUGUAUUUGAUAUGUAUUUUUAUUCAUCAC